CCAGGAAUCGGGAUAUGGCGGAUUCGAAACGCGGACUGCUCACCAUGCGUACGUAACACGCGAUCAUACUUGCAAGGUUAGAAUACGCGCGGAAGCUGUCUUCUUCCUCGAGAGGGUAUUUUUCCAAGAAAUCUGGCAGCCGGUAGUAACGAAACACAAGCCCUCUCGAGGAAGAAAUCGGUUUUCGAGCGCACUUUUCUAUAUUUUCUUGUCCGAUUCUGGAUCAAUCAACUCAUCAGUCACCAAGCUAGCUGACGAUCAAGAAGGGUGGAGCAACCGUUAUGACGAUUAGAUUUUUGACGAAUUUCAAAGCUCGCGCUCUUCUCCUCCUUGGUUCGAUCAUUAUUUGCAUUUUACCGGGAGUUUUUUCUUCCGGAGUUGUUACACUUAAGUCCAUCCAGAUUUUUAAAACCCAUGAAUUAUUUAAUGCCAAACCAACGGUUUAUUUUAAUUGUGAAGGGGAGAACAGGACAAUUUUUCCAGAUGUGAAGGAAACACAUGUUGUAUAUACUUUCAAGGGUGAAGAAUCUUGGCAGCCUCUGACAGAGCUUCCUGAUAAGAAAUGCAAACGGUGUGGGUUGUAUGAAAUGGACAUCCUGAAAUCAGCUGAUGUUUUUGAUGAGUGGGAGUUUUGUUCUUCUGAUUUUCUAGAUCCUGAUGGGAACUAUGUGCAUUUCAAGGACAAGGAAUUCAAUGCUACAUUUUUGUGCCCUCAGUGUGUACAUCUUGACAAUAAUUCUGAUCAUGCAUCUGGCUCACAUCAUGGAGCAGAUACAGGAAAGGGAAUGCAUGUGAUUUUGGUUGUUCUAAUCAGUGCAAUAGUUUCAACUUUAUCGAUUCUUGGAGCAGUAGCUGCAUAUAGAUAUUGGCAAUGGAAGAAGAGGCAGCAGGAUCAGGCACGGUUCUUAAAGCUAUUUGAAGAUGGUGAUGACAUUGAAGAGGAAUUGGGUCUCGGACCAGUGUUAUGAAGAUGCUAAUCUUGUGUCUUACUACAUGUACACACUGUGAAAGAUAUGUUUUGAGAAGACGAAAGAUGUUUUUAUGUUGUGAGCAGUGAAAGCCUUGGUUGUAACUCAUAGUUGAUUAGACUUUUCAUGAAUAACAUGAAAGUAACCAAGAGAGGCAAUCCUAAGCAUUUCCUUGCAAAUUUUUGCAGGUUGCUGUGUAAAAUGAAUUAGCAAGUGCCGCUUGUAUACACAUUUUGAGACAAAAAAAUCAAGAAAAUAUGUACUUUGAGAAGAUUGAGUGAUGUUCUUAUACUGUAAUCUGUGAGCAGUACAUCUUUGUUGUACACCAGUACCUGAGUUUGGGUUGAUUUUUUGUGAAUCGAAUAUCCAUACGGGGAAAGAAAAUUCCCUGCAAUUAUUAGACCUUUCCUCACCUCCAGUGCCCAUCCCCGAACACCUCCCUACCCCAUCUCCGAGACUCUACACAUUCUCCCGCAGUGGAGUGAAAAAGAAAAAAAGGGCAACGAUCUAGUGGAAAAAAAGAAGAGAGGCAAUUAUCUUUCCUCUCAUCACCUCCAGUACCCAUCCCCUCCUACCCCAACUCCAACUCUCUACACAUUCUCUCCCCAUUCCGACCCUCUCCCAUCCCUAACCCCGCUAUCCCUAUACCCCAAGCAGCCCAGGGCCAUAGGCCUGAACAGCGGUAGUGCAACAGCCCGGACCAUUGUAAGUUGUGGCAUUACUUUCAGGAUUUCAGCUAGAUCACCACGUUUGGCAGGAAGCACCCCUACUGUGCUGGUACAUGACUUGGUUGGCCCAUGAUCAGGAAGGAAUCUUGGAGGCUUUAGCUUGAGAUCAGUGAUCUCCACCUGUAAGAGAGAUAUCUAACUUCUCUCCUAGUUACCAGCUUGUCUUGCUUUUAGCUUGUUCCUUUUGCAAGAAAUUUUAGCUUUCUCUCUUCUUGCAUUUCUCUCCUUGUGCUUUUUUUUUAUGUUAAGGUCAUGUGAUCAUAUCGAAUAGGGUUGUUAUUUCUUUGCAUUGCUUGUGUCUGAGCUUGAGAUAUUUUUUUUCCUAUGUACUGUAUUAUUAUCUCCUUGCAUUGCUUGCUUAUGCGUCGUAUUCUAAUUGUUGAGAUUUUAUAUUUAAUACAUUAGGUGUUCUUUCAUUAUAUCAUAUUGCAUAUAUUUGUAUUAUAAUAGAUAGUUACUUCUAUAUUGUUGUGUCAGGUGGGCAACUGAAAUCUUAUUAUAUCCAACCAAUCACCUUUGCAUGGAUCCUAUUGUUUCCUGAGUCCUUUUAUUUCCUUUAGUAUCAUGUCAUAUCAUCCUUUUGCUAGGGCGUCCCCCAUAAGCAACUUGCCACGACACCCAGAGGCAAGGGGGCUCUCAUUCAAUGGACAUGUGCAAGUAAAGAACCUAGCCUACAAGUGUAAGAUUAGAUUAGCAUCUUGGGAACAUUGGAUUCUUAACGGCUAAGAGCCUGGAGUUGAUAGAUGUUAUGAGGAGACGAAGGAUUAAUAUUGCAUGUAUUCAAGAGACAAAAUGGAAGGGUAAAAAAGCCAAGGUGUUGGACAGCUUCAAACUUUGGUAAUAGAAGCGGAGUAGGAAUGAGGAGGCAACCUCUAUUAUAGACUUUGCAGUAGCUUAUGGUUUAUCCAUUAUGAACAUUUUAUUUGAAAAGAGAUGAGCAUUUAGCGCAGAAAUACAUGCAUAGGUUAGGUCUUGUCCCAAGUAUGACCUCCAAUAGAUCUGAUUGGAGGGCAAGAAUCCAUGUAGCCGACCCCAAUUAGGUGAGAUUUUACUGAUUUGUCACGUUGUAUUCCUUUCCCUUCCCUUUUCCUUUUCUUUUUUCUUUUCUUUUGCUGUCUUUGAUUGGAUCCAUGUAGUCAACCCCAUUUAGUUGGGAUAAGGCUGCGUUGUUGUUGAAUAUCCAUAUGCUUGGAUGGUGGGUUUUAAAACUACAGUCAGUUAAGCUUUACAAUUCAUGAUUUAAGAUGAUUUACUUGAGCUUCAGAUUGAACACUAAUUGCCUGAGAGAAUUUACACUUUUUGUUAGAAUUUAGACUCCGCAAUUCUAUCAAGAAUGCUAGCAUAUGUUCUAUUAAGGAGAACCUGAGAUGUACGUUCAGAAUCAAACUGUUAAGGGGAAUCCGCCAUAUACAGAUAUAAGACCCACACUACAGGCAGGAUCCUGAUCCUGCAUAAGAAAUGUUGUGUGCACUGCUCAAAAUCAGUUAUGCUAACAUCACACACAUGAUUUUAUAAGUUGUAGUCUACCUGCAAAAGAGAGACUCCUCUUACUCUUUCCUCAGCCAGGUGCAUUAAGCAAUGCGUGGUAAUGCAGAAAAGAGGAGUCUAUAAGGCAAUUAUACUAAAGUUUGCUUCCCCGAAAAUGGAGGAGGGAUAAUGUCUGGCACAAAGCUGGUCUACUCAUUUAUGUGCAUCUACCAUCGUGCUACGCGUUUAAUCUUCCUUGCUCUUUUAUCAUGUUUGCAUGUAUGUAUCAUAUUUCUAAUUGUCCAGGCAAGGCCUGUAGGGAUUCCUUGGUCGGAAUGCAACUUUGGUUGAGGAAUUGACCAAGACUGGUUGAGGUGGUGCAUCCAGGUCUGAUCAGCAGGCUUCAGGUGGAGACCUGGAAAGGAUCUAGACUCUGUGACCCUCCACAGAGAUCUUCAGGCAAUGCAUCUACAUAUCACUACCUAGCUGGUAAGCUGGACUCUGGUCUGAAGAGCCUUUCUGAUGCAUACAACAGUCUUGAACGGGUCAACUUAUGGUUGGAAUCAGAAAUAAAUACUUCGAUGAAAGGAGACCAUACCCAGACACUGAGGCUAUGAAGGCCAAGAGGCAAGGGAAGAAUCUCAGAAGGAAAGGCAGAAAUGAGUGUGAUCUUCUAGUUUGCCUUGGACAAGAGCAAAGUGGAGAAGCUGACGAUAAGGUUGUAGGACUUUGGGGAAGAUAUUGACUCACUCCUGGAGGUGGUUGCAGAUGCUGAUUUCCCAGAAGAUGAAGAGCGGAAGACUGAUCACACCAUAAAUUGCUUGUUGGGCUUAAGCCUCUUGUUUCGAACUUUGUACUGUUUGACUGCAAUGUAGAACUAACUGUCAAUAAUGGCCUUUAUUUAUAGUGAUUUAUUCUUAUAAUUCCAUUGGUUAUAUGAAGCUACUACAUAA